UCUUCGCGGACACGAUCGUUCGUCAAACGUGAAAAAUGGCGGAUAAAAAAGAAGAGGAGAAAAGGGAGGACGACGAACGGCUCGAGUACAUUCGCAGAUAUCUGGUGCUCUCGAGAAAAAUCAAGGCCGAGAAAUGGCUCAAGUUGUUAACGAACGAGGAAUUCAAGGUUCGGUCUCUUCUCUUAGAUCUUAACCUAAUCUUCCUCGAUCGUUUGCGAAAACAAUUUGGGAUUAUCUUCCAAUAUCGCGAGCGUUGCGUCGCGCGAGCGAACAUUGAGACGAUCAUGCGAUUCUUCGAUACACCGGAGGAGAUGAUUCUAACGAUACAACUCGGCCCGGCCGGUGUGCUGAUACCGUUCCUCGGGAUACCGGCGACAGCACGUGCGAAGACGUCGUAUUUCGCAAAGAGGAGUCCCGUCGAGAUUACCAGGCAAAAUUACAGGGAUGUCGUUAUGCCGGGCGACAUGGCGCCGAAACCUAUCGAGGAAUUGUCGGUUUUGAUCGAGGAGGCUUAUGUACCGAUAUUAUCGAACCCGAAGAAUCACAGAGGCUGGCCGCGCGUUGUCGGCGAGGACGUGAGGAAGCACGUUUGCGACCUCCGCAGCGUAAUAUGUCAGGUACGCGGUAAGAUGACUGGCCAAACGUUGCUGCCGAUGCCGAUGGGCGUCGAACGGAUAUUCGAGGAGGAACUGAAGGCGCAGCAGAGCGGCGGGGCCGACGUCGACGUUCGUCUGAGAAGCGACAUUGAGACGAUCCUGACGAAAUGGUACUCGCAGAUCAACGACACUCUGCACGAGGAGAGCACGCGCAUUUUCCUAACUGAUAAGCAUCCGCAACCCAGCGCCGAAAUCGAGUUCUGGCGUCAGCGACUCGUAAACGUCGAAUCGAUUUAUAACCAGAUGAGGGAUCCCCGGGUGAAAAAGAUGGCAUCCAUUUUGGAACUGACCAACAGUCCCUACUCGGCAUGUUUCAAGACCCUGCUGAAGGACGUUGUGGCCGCGCUGGUCGAGGCGCGCGACGUCUGCUCUUAUCUCAAAGCCUUGGAGCCGCAUUUCGAGGAGAUAAAAAAUACCGGUUUCAAAGACGUGCUGACCAAGUUGAAGCCGCUGUUGCACUGUGUCUGCCUAUUGUGGUCCAACUCGAAAUACUACUGCACCUCUCCCCGAAUCAUCACCCUGCUGGUCGAGAUAUCAAAUUUGCUGAUAAGCGAGGCUGCCAAAUAUUUGGAUCAGAGUACUCUGUUCACGGCUGACGUCGAGGACAGUCUGACGCGCUUGGAACACGUGACGAACAUUCUGCUUUACUACGUAGAAAUAUUCGAAACCUUUCGUUCCAAAGUGGACACUUACUUUAAACCGCCGAGCGAGGCGAUCCUGUGGAAUUUUCACGACGAGUUGGUGCUCGGAGGAAUAACGGAUUUCCAGAAACGUCUGGGAGAGAUAAAGAUAUUGUUCGAAACGGCGCGAGAGUAUUUCAAGCUGGAGAGGAUUGAACUCGCGGGACUGAAGGGGAGAACGCUGUGCUUGAGGAUCUACGAUAUCUACGAGGAUUUUGUGAAAAUAUACAACGAAUUCGCGGAGCUGCAGUAUGACAUUCUAGUGGCGGAAGAGACGCAGUUCGCCGAUCAUGUUGCUUCCUUCUUAGCAAAGGUCAGACGAUAUCUCGUGGAGGAGUACGACAGAGAGCUGGCGAGUAUAUUCGACCGAGCGUUCUCCGAAUGCCACAACACGGAGAUUAUGUUCAAGUUGAUGUGGAUCAUAGGCUCGAUGGGCAAUCGGCCGAUUAUCGUGGCGCAAUUGUGGCACAACUACGAGAAACUGCUGCAAAGGAUCCACGAUCAUUUCGAUAAUAUCAAAGUGAUAUUCGACAAUAUCUUCAAAGAUCACUACCAUGUCGAAAGCGGACAGUAUUUCCCACCUGUCGCAGGCGCGUUGUGCACGUUGACGUACUUGCGGCAAAGGAUUGACUAUCCGAUGCAAUGCGCCAAAUUGCUCGAUCAUCCUUUGGUAAAUCUCAGAAUGCAGAGCGAGACCAAGCCUAAGUACGAUCAGAUGCAGUCGCUGAUGGACGCGAUGGAGCACGAGAUAUUCACAAACUGGGCAGACAAAGUACCCGACACCAGCAACACUCACUUAUCCAAGAGCCUAUUGACGAUACGCGACAACCAAUUGCUCGAUGUGAACUUCGACCCGGAGUUGGCCGCGUUGUUGCGCGAGACGCGUUACAUGAUUAUCCUGAAGAGAACAGAUUUGCCCGAGGAAGCGAUUCAGCUCUAUCACAGGAUGCAGUACUUCUUCGAGAGCACCUACAACCUCAACCUGAUCGCGCAACGGUACAACUGGAUCAGAACUCACGCUUUGCCGGUGGAGUUUGAGCUGGUGAGGCACGAGGUCGAAAAAGUGGACAAACUGAUAGGCAUCGGUCAGGAAACUUACAAGUGGGACUCGCCGGAGGUGCCGGAGUACAUCGGCAAUUUGCUGGCCUUGGUGCGCAAGUUACACUCGCGAGUUUUUCGAGCUCAGGAGAACAUCGCGGCGUUGCUGCGAGUGAUUUACUCGUGGGCGCUCUCGCCGGUACUGCAGCGUAAGGAUCUGAAAGACGAGAAUCUGCUCGCCGUGGCCGAACGCUCGGAGACAUUUCAGAAACGGUACGACAAGAUCGAGCAGACCGCCGGAGAGCUGGAUCGAGUGGUGAACGAAAAUUACAUGCUGUUCUUCGAUCUGCUGGCCGACUCGGUGUACGAGAGAAACGAAUUCGAAUUGGACGAAGCGGUGAGGCAGCAAGAGACGCUCGAGGAGCAGGAUAACGCGGAGAAACGAGCCCUAAUGGACAAAUCGAGGAUCGAGGAAGAGAAGGAGAGGGUCGCGCGUGGCGGCGACGUGACGGAGGACGAGAGAGCCGACAAAGAUGAGACUGAAAUAUCGCAAGUACCGUUAACGGCCGAGCAAAUUGAUCAGAAUAUGAUCAAGUGGAAACCCUACCUCGCCUAUGUGGACGAUUUGAUGUCAAAAGCUCUGAUCCAGGCUGUUUCCAGCAGCGUAUGUUACCUGCUCGACGAGACCGAUCCGCAGAGCAACGUGUCUCCUCUCUUUGAAAUUCAAUUGCUGCUCGAAGUGCCGAACAUCGCCUUCCGUCCUGCGGUAGACCCGGACGAUCCCGAGGGUUUCUACGCGUUUUUCGAGGGUCUGCUGCUCGAUAUCAUGAGGAUGGGGACGUUGAUACCGCGCGUGGAUCUGGACGUCGCGACGGAGAGAGAGCAUUACGGCAGCGAUUUAGCGGAAGAAGAAGGUAUCGUUUUCAUGCUCGAGGAGACGUGUAAUCGAAUCAAGCUGGGUCUGGUGCAAGCACAGGAAUACAUCAUUACUUUCGACGAAUUUGCCUGGCUGUGGCUGGACGACAAACAGGAAUACUUGAAUUUCUUCCUACGUUUCGGUCGCGCGCUUACGGACACGGAAAAGAUCGUAGUGGCCGAGAACUCGGAGAAUCUGCCGGAGCAUCUAAAAGAGAGGAAGCCGGAAUUGAACGACUUUAAGAGGGAAAUCGACUACUUUGUGGAACUUUAUGGGAAAUGCGACGCGUUCAAGAACGAAGUGGUCUUCCUGCGUUGGUUACGAUUGGACAUGAGAGCUUUCAAGCAAGUUCUGCUCAACAUAAUUUGCAAGUGGACCAGCACCUUCAAGACCUAUCUCGUCGAUCGUGUCAACAGCGAACUCGGAAAUCUCUGCGACUUUCUGACGAAAGCUCUGAAAAAGUUCAUGCAACCGAUCGCAGCGGACGAUUACGAGGACUUGCUGAACACCAUAUAUUACCUGAAGGAAGUUCGAGAUCGCCAAUACGAGAUCGACGACAUGUGGGAGCCUAUCAAAGCUACCAUAGAUCUUCUCGAGCAGUACCAAGUAAAAUUCGGCGAGAAAACGUAUGUCUGGCUGGCAGAACUGCCGGAACAAUGGGCGACGGUUAAGAAGUGGGCGGCGCUGGUGAAGCAGCUCGUGAAUCCUCUGAUGGCACGUCAGAUCGAGCUGCUGAAGAAGCGUCUCAAUUAUUAUGAUUUCCAGCAGCAGAGAUAUCUGGUGGAAUUCCGCGAGAAUGUCGUGUUCAGGUUUGAUUGCCCGAACGUCUACGAGAAAUUGGACGACAUAAACGAAGAUAUCGUAAAACUCGAGCAGAAACUGGACGAGUUGUACAAUCAGGCGAAUAUAUUCGAACAACAGGUGCCGGAGUUUAAACAAAUCAAGCUCGCCAGAAGAGAAUUGAGACUCUUAAAGAAUCUGUGGGAUUACGUGAACAUCGUAACCUCGAGUCUGGACGAGUGGAAGACGACGUAUUGGAACAAGAUAGAUGUCGAGGGAAUGGAUCAAGAAUGCAAAAAAUUAAUUCGAGAACUGAGACAAUUAGACAAGGAGGCUCGAGCGUGGGACUUGUACACGCACGUGGAAGCGCAAGUACGGAACAUGAUGUCGUCCUUGAGGACGGUCUCGGAACUGCAAAAUCCCGCCAUCAGAGGCAGACACUGGCAGCAGCUGAUGGCUGAGACUCGAGUGAGAUUUACGAUGGACGAUAAGACGACCUUGGAGGACUUGCUGAAACUGGAGCUCCACAAGUACGAGGAAGAGGUGAAGGAAACGGUGGACAGGGCGGUGAAAGAAAUGAGCAUGGAAAAGGUUCUCAAGGAGCUGCACAACAUGUGGGACACUCUCGAGUUUGGCAAGGAGCUGCACGAGCGCACCAAGUUCAACAUUUUGAAAAUAGACGAGGAGACUAUUGAGAUACUGGAAGAAAAUCAGGUGCAACUGCAAAGUAUGCUGGACUCGAAAUAUGUAGCCCACUUCCUCGACGAAGUGACCGAUUGGCAACAGAAGCUCAGCAACGUGGACGCCGCGAUCAACGCCUGGUUCCAGGUUCAGCGUGCUUGGAUACACUUGGAGAGCAUCUUUAUCGGCUCGGAGGAUAUAAGAAGCCAAUUGCCGGAAGAGACGAGGCGCUUCGAGAAGAUAGACAAGGACUUCAAGGAUCUGCUGAGAGAGAUGUCGGCCAACUUGAACAUAGUUAAAUCGACCAACAGGCCGAAACUGCUGGAUCGCCUGGAGGAGCUGGACAAGCAAUUGAGCGUCUGCGAGAAGGCGCUGUCCGAUUACCUGGAGACAAAGAGACUGGCUUAUCCACGCUUCUACUUCAUCUCAUCCGCGGACUUGCUCAACAUACUGAGCAACGGGAACAACCCGGAGAUGGUCUGCAGGCAUCUACCGAAGCUGUACGACUCGCUGGCGAAUCUCACGUGGAAGAUGGAAGGGGGGAAAGCGACGAAGCAGGCCAACGGAAUGAUCUCGAAGGACGGCGAGGAGAUGGCCAUGCAUGGAACGUGCGACUGCAGCGGCAAGGUGGAGAUCUGGCUGAAUCGCGUGAGCGACGCGAUGCGGAGAACCGUGCGAUAUCAUUUGAGCCAGGCGGUCGCCUCGUACGACGAGAAGUCCCGCGAGCUCUGGAUCCUGGAUCACGAGGCGCAGCCGGCACUCUGCGGCAGCCAGAUCUGGUGGACGACCGAAGUGCACAUGGCGUUCGCACGGCUCGAGGAGGGAUUCGAGAACGCGCUGAGGGACUACCAGAAGAAGCAGAUCGGCCAGCUGAACGCGCUGAUCGCGAUCCUGCGCGGCGAGCUGAACGAGAACGACCGGCAGAAGAUCAUGACCAUUUGCACGAUCGACGUGCACGCGCGCGACGUCGUCGGCAAGCUGAUAUCCAUCAAAGCGGAGAGCUCGUCCAGCUUCCAGUGGCAGUCGCAGCUGAGGCACAGGUGGGACGACAAAUCGGAAGACUGCGUCGCCAACAUUUGCGACGCGUCUUUCGUCUACGCUUACGAGUACCUGGGCAACGCGCCGCGGCUGGUAAUUACGCCGUUGACGGACAGAUGCUACAUUACGCUGACGCAAUCGUUGCAUCUGAUAAUGGGCGGAGCACCGGCCGGGCCGGCCGGAACGGGGAAAACCGAGACUACUAAGGAUCUCGGCAGAGCCCUCGGACAAAUGGUCUACGUCUUCAACUGCUCCGAGCAAAUGGAUUACAAGUCGUGCGGCAACAUAUACAAGGGGUUAGCGCAGACCGGUGCGUGGGGUUGCUUCGACGAAUUCAACAGGAUCUCCGUCGAGGUGCUGUCGGUCGUGGCCGUGCAAGUGAAAUACGUCCUGGACGGCGUGAAAAACCGGAAGAAGACCUUUUUAUUCUUUGCCGAGGAGUUCGAUCUCGUGGACACGGUCGGCAUGUUCAUCACGAUGAAUCCCGGUUACGCCGGUAGAACGGAACUGCCUGAGAACUUGAAGACCCUGUUCCGGCCCUGCGCCAUGGUGGUGCCCGACUUCGAAUUGAUUUGCGAGAUCAUGCUGGUGGCCGAGGGCUUCCAGGAGGCUAGACUACUGGCGAGAAAGUUCAUCACCAUGUACACGUUGUGUCGAGAACUGUUGUCCAAGCAAGACCACUACGACUGGGGCCUGAGAGCCAUCAAGUCCGUCUUGGUCGUCGCUGGAAAGUUGAAGCGCGACGAUAAAGAACGGCCGGAGAACCAGGUCUUGAUGAGAGCUCUGAGAGAUUUUAACACGCCGAAAAUUGUGACCGAUGACGUGCCCGUGUUCAUGGGAUUGAUAGGGGACUUGUUUCCCGCGCUGGACGUACCACGAAGAAGAGAUCUCGAAUUUGAGAGGAUGGUCAAACUCGCGGCUCUAGACUUGAAAAUGCAACCAGAGGACGGAUUCAUUCUAAAGGUAGUACAAUUGGAGGAGUUGUUUCACGUUCGACACUCGGUCUUUAUCGUCGGCCUCGCCGGGACCGGUAAGACCGAGGUGUGGAAAACGCUCAACAGAACGUACUCGAACGAAAAACGUAAGCCGCACUACAACGACCUGAACCCAAAGGCGGUGACCAACGACGAGUUAUUUGGCGUCAUUAAUCCGGCAACGAGGGAAUGGAAAGACGGCUUGUUCUCCAUGAUUAUGAGGGAGCAAACCAACAUGCUCGGCGACGGUCCCAAGUGGAUCGUGUUCGACGGUGACAUAGACCCGAUGUGGAUCGAGUCGCUCAACACAGUCAUGGAUGACAAUAAGGUUCUGACGUUGGCGAGCAACGAAAGAAUCGCCCUGACGAAACACAUGCGUCUACUGUUUGAAGUUUCCAACUUGCGGACUGCCACGCCGGCGACGGUGUCCAGAGCGGGAAUCUUGUACAUCAAUCCACAGGAUCUGGGCUGGAGUCCAUUUGUAACCAGCUGGAUAGAAACGAGAGACCACUUCGAACGCGCUAACUUGUCGAUCCUCUUCGAGAAGUAUGUUCCACCUCUAUUGGACGUGACGAAAUUCAAGUUCAAGAAGAUCAUUCCUCUACCGGAAAUAUGUCACGUGGAAAUGCUUUGUCAUUUACUCGACUGCUUCCUGACUAAAGAGAACGUGCCGCCAGAGUGUCCGAAGGAAUGGUACGAAUUGUACUUUGCAUUCGCCUGUAUCUGGGCGUUUGGUUCCGCAAUGUUUCGAGAUCAGUUGACAGAUUGGCGAAACGAAUUCAGCAAGUGGUGGCAGAACGAGUUCAAGACCGUCAAGUUUCCAGCGGGCGGCAAUGUGUUCAAUUACUUUAUAGAGCCGGAGACGAAGAAGUUGGUACCCUGGACCGAUAAAGUUCCCUCCUUUCAACUGGAUUCGGACAUCCCGCUUCAGUCCGCUUUGGUACCAACCGGAGAGACAACGCGUCUGCGUUUCUUCCUGGAUUUGUUGCUGAAGAAGCGUGUCCCGGUGAUGUUAGUGGGCGGAGCGGGCUGCGGAAAGAGCGUAAUCAUGGCGGACAAAUUGGCCAACUUAUCAGAUACUUACAAUGUCGUGAAUGUCCCGUUGAAUUUCUACACCACAUCAGAUACGUUGCAGAAGGUGCUGGAGAAACAUUUGGAGAAGAAGGCGGGACGUAAUUACGGGCCACCGGGCACGAGACUUCUCGUAUAUUUCAUAGACGACAUGAAUAUGCCGGAAGUGGAUACUUAUGGCACCGUGCAGCCUCACACUCUCAUUAGGCAACAUAUCGAUUAUAAUCACUGGUACGACCGAACGAAACUAACACUGAAGGAGAUUCACAAUACGCAAUACGUAUCUUGCAUGAAUCCCACGGCGGGAAGUUUCACCAUAGACCCGCGCUUGCAGAGACACUUUGCUGUAUUCGCAGUCAGUUUCCCGCAAGCCGAGGCGCUCGUGACGAUAUACAGUCAGAUCCUGGUGCAGCACCUGAUGGACCCGCGGAGCAAGUUUAAUCCAGCGGUACACAAAUUCGCGGAACCCUUGGUAAACGCCGCGUUGUACCUCCACGACAAGAUCGCCGCGACCUUCCUACCGACAGCUAUCAAGUUCCACUACAUCUUCAACUUGCGCGACUUGACCAAUAUAUUCCAAGGAAUGCUGUUUGCUCACGGCGAUGUCCUCCCGCUUCCGAGUCACAUAAUCAGACUUUACGCUCACGAGGCGACACGGGUGUAUCGCGACAAAUUGGUGAACUUCGAGGACCAGAGGGUGUUCGAUCGGCUGCUGCUCGAAGCACUUCGUAAAAAUAUACCCGAGCUGGACGAAAAUGAAAUGAGGACGGAGCCGCUGAUAUACUGCCACUUUGCGGAAGGAAUCGGCGAGCCGAAGUACGCGCCUGUCAAGGACUGGGCGCAACUUGUGAAAUCACUCGAGGAUGUUCUUCACACUUACAACGAGCUGGUGUCCGCGAUGAAUCUGGUAUUGUUCAAAGAUGCCGUGCACCACGUGUGUCGCAUCAACAGGAUACUGGAGGCACCGAGAGGCAACGCGCUUCUAGUAGGCGUAGGUGGUAGCGGCAAGCAGUCCUUAUCUCGCUUAGCCUCCUUCGUUUCCUCGUUGGAGGUGUUUCAAGUGCAAUUGCGCAAAGAUUACUCGCUGAACGAGCUGAGGGCUGACUUGGCCGUGUUGUAUCUGAAAGCAGGCGUCAAGGAUAUCGGUAUUACCUUUUUAAUGAGCGACGCUCAGGUGGCCGAGGAAAAGUUUUUGGUCGUGGUGAACGAUAUGUUGGCAUCGGGCGAGAUUGCGGAAUUAUUCGACGACGAAGACGUGGACGGCAUCUUCAACGCCGUGCGCAACGAGGUCAAGCAAACCGGAGUGAUCGACACCAAAGAGAAUUGCUGGAAAUUCUUCAUCGAGCGCGUGCGAACGCAAUUAAGAUGCGUCCUGUGCUUUUCGCCGGUCGGGCCGACUCUACGGAACAGAGCUAGGCAGUUCCCCGCGAUAGUAAAUUGCACCGCGAUCGACUGGUUUCAGGACUGGCCGCAGGAGGCCUUGGAGUCUGUGUCUGCGACGUUUCUCGAGGAGCUGGAGGAACUCCAGGCCGAAUAUCGGACGUCCGUGUCGCUUUUCAUGUCGUACGUUCACACGAGCGUGAACUAUGUGUCCGAGAUGUAUCUGCAAAACGAGAGGAGAUACAACUACACGACGCCAAAGUCAUUCCUCGAGCAAAUCUCCCUGUACUCCAAGCUCCUGACGGAGAAGAGUCACGACUUGACGGCGAUGAUCUCGCGUCUCACCGACGGAUUGAUCAAGCUCGAGUCUUGUUCCGUUCAGGUCGACGAGCUGAAGAUUGUACUGGCGGCUCAGGAGAUCGAGUUGAAGAAGAAGAACGAGAUAGCCGACAAAAUACUGGUCGAAGUGCGCGCGGAAAACGUGAAGGCGGAGGCGGAGAAAGCUGUCGUGACCGAGGAAGAGGCGAGAGUGGCGGAGAUGAAGGAGGCCGUGUCGGAGAAUCAAAGGCGUUGCAACGAAGACUUGGCCCGCGCCGAGCCGGCGGUGAGACAAGCCGAAGCGGCGCUCGAUACCUUGAACAAGAACAACUUGACGGAAUUGAAGUCCUUCGGUACGCCGCCGGCCGCCGUGGCGAACGUCGCUGAGGCUGUGCUCGUCCUGUUCUCGCCGAAAGGCAAAGUGCCCAGGGACCGGAGCUGGAAGGCUUGCCGCGUGAUGAUGGGAUCCAUCGACGGGUUUCUGGCGCAAUUGCGUAAUUACGAUAAGGAGAAUAUACAUCCGGAUGUCGUGAGGGCGAUUCAGCCUUACAUCAUCAACAAAGGGUUCGAUCCGGAAUUCGUGUACUCGAAGUCGCAAGCGGCUGCGGGCCUCUGCAGCUGGGUGAAGAACAUCAUGGUGUUUCAUUACAUCAACGAGAGUGUAAAGCCUCUGCGAGCCGCGCUCGCGCAGGCGAACGCCGAGCUGAAAGCAGCCAUGGACAAAUUGAAUUCUUUGAGAGGUCGUUUAGCGGAGCUCCAGAAGGUGUUGGACGUGUUGGAAGAGAAGAUGAGCGUGGCUCUGGUCGCGAAGCAAAAGUGUCAGGACGAGGCGGAAGCGACCGCGUUUACCAUAAACUUGGCGAAUCGACUGGUAAACGGCCUCGCGUCCGAAAACAUCCGCUGGGCCGAAACCGUGCAAGUACUGAAGAAAUCCGGAAUCACUCUACCAGGCAAUGUGUUGCUCGCCGUGGCGUUUAUUUCUUACAUGGGAUGCUUCACGAGGAAAUAUAGAGUGGAUCUCAUGAAUUUACAUUGGUUACCGUUCCUCGACAAGCUGCAAGUGCCGAUACCGCGUACACCCGACUUGGAUCCGCUGUCUUUAAUGACCGACGACGCGAAAAUCGCACAGUGGAAUAACGACGGUUUGCCCACGGACAGAAUGUCCACGGAAAACGCCACGAUACUCAGCAACUCCUCCAGAUGGCCGCUGAUGAUCGACCCGCAGCUGCAAGGGAUCAAGUGGAUCAAGAACAAAUACGCAGACGAUCUGAUGGUGGUGCGCUUGACAGACAAGGAUUAUCUCGAUAGAAUCGAAUACGGUAUCGCCGAUGGACAAGUGGUGCUACUGGAAAGCAUCAUGGAGACGGUCGACGCUGUUUUACAGCCAAUCCUAGCUCGCGUCCUGAUCAAAAGGGGAAGGGCCAUCAAGGUGGGAGACAAAGAGGUGGAUUACGACCCGCGCUUCCAUCUCAUCCUGCAAACGAAACUGGCGAAUCCCCAUUACAAGCCGGAGAUGCAAGCUCAAACUACGCUCAUCAAUUUUACGGUCACGAAAGACGGUUUAGAGGAGCAGCUAUUAGGCGCCGUCGUGAAAGCGGAGCGUCCGGAUUUGGAAUCGACCAAAGCCGAGCUCACUACCCAGCAGAACACGUUCAAGAUCACGCUGAAGGCGUUGGAGGACGAUCUGUUGCACAGGUUGUCGUCGGCGGGUCCCGAUAUAUUGAGCGACGUCGCUCUCAUUGUGAACCUCGAGACCACGAAGAAGACAGCCAGCGAGAUCGAGGCGAAGGCGAUCGAGGCGAAGGUGACCGCUGCGAAGAUAGACGAGGCGCGGGAGUCCUACCGGCCCGUGGCGUCCAGGGCCAGCCUCCUAUACUUCAUCCUUAACGACCUCAACAAGAUCAACAUGCUGUACCAAUUUUCUCUCAAGGCGUUCAGCGCGGUCUUCCAGAACGCCAUUAAACUUGCGGAGCCGACGGACAUCCUUGGUAAACGCGUCGCCAGUUUGAUCGACAGCGUCACGUACUUGGUUUUUACAUACACCAGCCGUGGACUCUUUGAAAGCGACAAGCUCAUAUUUCUGUGCCAGCUGACUCUUCAGAUUCUAUUGCAAACGAAGGAGAUAGAACAGGUCGAGGUUGACUUUCUCCUGCGAUUCCCUUACUUGCCGGAUCUAACGAGUCCUGUGGACUUUCUCAGUAACGACGGCUGGGGCGGCGUCAAGUACCUGAGCGGAAUGGAAAAUUUCCAUAAUCUGGAUCGCGACAUAGACGGUGCCGCGAGAAGAUGGAAAAAGUUUGUCGAGUCGGAAACGCCGGAGAGGGAGAAAUUUCCUCAGGAAUGGAAAAAUAAAACGGCCUUCCAGAGGCUGUGCAUAAUGAGAUGCGUGAGACUGGAUCGAAUGGUCUACGCUGUACGGUGCUUCGUGGAGGAGAAGCUGGGCGAAAAAUUUAUACAGUUCCGCGUUCAGGCUUUCGAAAAAACAUACGAAGAUAUGUGCGCGAACACGCCGAUAUUUUUCAUUCUCUCUCCAGGAGUCGAUCCUUUGAAGGAUGUGGAGAAACUCGGCAAGCGGCUCGGCUUCACACUGGACGCGCAAAAUUUCCACAACGUAUCGCUGGGACAGGGUCAGGAACCCGUCGCGGAGGAGACGAUGGACAUCUCGGCGCGCAACGGUCAUUGGGUUAUACUCCAGAACGUUCAUCUGGUAAGGAAGUGGUUGCCGAAACUCGAGAAGAAGAUGGAACAGCUUUCGGAGAAGCCGCACGAAGAUUAUCGUCUCUACAUUAGCGCGGAGCCGAGCCCCGACCCUCACGAGUCGAUAAUACCGCAGGGUAUACUGGAAUCGGCCAUAAAGAUCACCAACGAACCGCCGACGGGUAUGCGCGCCAAUAUCCACAAGGCACUGGACAAUUUUAGCCAGGACACGCUCGAGGCCUGCAGCAAAGAGACCGAGUUCAAAGCCGUCCUCUUCGCCCUUUGCUAUUACCACGCCGCCAUGGCCGAGCGCAGGAAAUUCGGGGCGCAAGGAUGGAAUAGGCCAUAUCCGUUCAACGUCGGCGACUUGACCAUCAGUGCGUCGGUAUUGUUGAAUUAUCUCGAGGGCAACGCCAAGGUACCCUGGGAGGAUCUGCGUUACUUGUUCGGCGAGAUCAUGUACGGCGGUCACAUAACAGACGACUGGGACCGGAGACUGUGUCGGACGUACCUGCUGGAGUACCUCCAGCCGGAACUGGUCGAGGGUGAGUUGUACCUGGCUCCGGGUUUUCUGGUGCCACCCAGUGGCGAUUACGCGAGCUAUCAUCAGUACGUGGAGGAUUACUUGCCAGCGGAGAGUCCCGCGCUGUAUGGACUUCACCCGAACGCGGAGAUCGGCUUCCUCACGAGCACGGCGGAAAGCUUGUUCAAGACGAUCUGGGAGAUGCAGCCGCGGGACAUUGGCGACGCGACAGUCGGGACUUUGUCGAAAGAGGACAAGGUGAGGGCUCUGAUAGAGGAUCUACUGGACAAACUUCCCGAGCAGUUUAAUAUGCAGGAGUUAAUGAGCAAGACGGAAGAGCGUACACCUUUCGUCAUCGUGGCACUUCAAGAAUGCGAACGUAUGAACAUACUGACUAACGAGCUGAAGAGAUCUCUGAGAGAACUCGAGCUCGGUUUGAAGGGCGAGCUCACAAUCAGCGCGGACAUGGAAGAUCUGCAGAAUUGUCUGUUCUUGGAGUCUAUACCGAUGUCCUGGGCCAGAUACUCCUAUCCGUCCACCUUGGGAUUGUCCGGCUGGUUCGCAGACAUGCUCAAUCGAAUCACCGAACUGUCGAAUUGGAUCGUAGAUUUUAACUUGCCGUUAUCGGUCUGGCUGGGCGGUUUCUUCAAUCCGCAAUCUUUCCUCACCGCCAUCAUGCAGCAAACCGCCCGUAAGAACGAAUGGUCCUUGGACAAGAUGUGUCUACACUGCGACGUCACCAGAAAGCAAAGGGAGGAAAUCACGGCGGCGCCGCGGGAAGGCGCGUACGUGAACGGUCUGUACAUGGAGGGUGCGCGAUGGGACAGCGCGAUCGGCUGCAUCGCGGACUCCCGGCCGAAGGAGCUGCUGUUCCAGAUGCCGAUGGUGUUCGUCAAGGCGAUCACGCAGGAUAAGCAGGAGACGAAGAACGUGUACGAGUGCCCGCUGUAUAAAACUCGAACCCGCGGUCCCACGUACGUUUGGACGUUCAACCUGAAGACCCGCGACAAACCCACCAAGUGGACCCUGGCCGGCGUCGCGAUUCUCCUGCAGACUUGACUGAACGACGCCCGCGUUCACACACGCCGCACGCGCAAGUUCGCGAUCGUAACUCAUCCCAUACC